AUGGAAGAUUUUGACUUGGUGAAAACUUUACAAAAGACUUCUCCAUCUUCUGUAGAAUCUGAUGUCAAAAAUUCUCCCCAUUUUCUUGGACUGAACUUAAACACAAAUAGAAGUAGUCCCCACCUUAGUACAAAUGGGGUGUCCUCUUUCUCAGGGAAGACCAGACCAUCUGUAAUUCAAGGUACAGUUGAAGUCCUAACCUCUUUAAUGCAAGAGCUACAAAACAGUGGAAAGACCGAUUCGGAACUUUGGAAAAACUGUGAGACCAGGUGGUUACAGCUGUUCAAUUUGGUGGAAAAACAAUGCCAAGAACAGAUAGUUGCCCAGCAGGAACAGUUCCACAACCAGAUUCAGCGUAUACAGGAAGAGAUAAAAAACUUAGUGAAGUUACAGACCAGUAAUGCUUCCUGGGCUCCCUCUGAUAGUUCUUCAAGCAAACAGAUACCUUCAGAAAGUCAAAUGGGUUUUUCUGAAAACAGUGGGAGAAAUGAGUCUGUUCUCAGUUUUCUUAAGUCUCAAGAGCCAGAAAUGCAGCACACCUCCUCCUCACCAAAGCCAGACUACAACGCAGAGAGCAGUUCAGUGAGCAGUGGAUAUGGCACCUUCUGCGUCUCAGAAUUAAAUACCUACAAAUCGAAAGACCCUAAGGCGUUUAUGGAACACACAGAGGUCCCUGAAGAACAGUAUGGAGCAUCUGUGGUGCAGGCAGAUUCACUUGCAGACGAUGUAACAAAUAAGAGUUUUUGUAUACAGACUACUGGCGAGUUCAGUGCACCUUUAAAGGAUGAUGUUCCUAUCUUUCCUUGUGAAUUUGAGCAUAAUUUUGUUGGUGUAAAUAAGAUUUCUGAAGUAUAUAGUGGGAAAGCAAAUAGUACAUCUGUAACAUCAUGGGCACAAAAGCUGAAGCAGAACCAACCAAAGAGAGCACUCGUAGAAGAGGGAUGUUCAAAAUCUAUGCAAGGAAGUGAGUGUCAGAAGAAACCAGCCGAGAAGCCUGACUUCACUGCUGCUACACAUUCUCGUGCUUUUUACCUUAGUAAACCAGAUGAAAAGCCGAAUUCUUGGAUAUCUGAUUCAGGAACAGGACUGACUUACUGGAAACUGGAGGAGAAGGACAUGUAUCACUCUUUGCCUGAGGCUUUACCAUCCUCCUGCCCGGAUGUGUCACCAAGCCAGUCUAAUACUAGUAAUGAAAUGAAGCUACCAUCACUGAAAGAUAUUUAUCAUAAAAAACAAAGAGAAAACCAACAGUUACCUGAGAGGAGUCUCACCUCUGCUUCCGCUCCAAACCAUCCACCUGAGGUACUGACUCUCGACCCGACAUUACAUGUGAAGCCAGGUCGGCAGAUUUCAGGGAUUCAGCCACAUAGCUUUGUGAAUGUACUCGAUGACCGAGUUUCCUUUCCACCAGACUCUGUCCUAGAGGCUAGUAUAUCUGGCCACUCUGACAUAGACUCAUUUUCACAAGCAAGUAUUUCGGCUUCUCAGUUACCUGGAUUCCCAAAGUACCCAUCAAACACAAAGGCUUCCCUAGUGGACUCUUGGGAAAAUCACGCAUUCCAAAAUGAAAGUAGGACCAGUUCCACGUUCCCUUCAGUGUACACCAUCGAUAGCAACAAUACCUCGGUCAACACUGUUGAUGAAGAAAACACUGUCAUGGUAACUUCAGCCUCAGUCAGUCGGUCUCAGCUUCCAGGUACAGCCAACAGUGUCCCAGAAUGCAUUUCAUUGACUUCCUUGGAAGAUCCUGUGAUAUUGUCUAAGAUCAGGCAGAGCCUGAAGGAGAAGCAUGCUCGACACGUAGCAGAUCUCCGAGCUUAUUAUGAAUCAGAAAUGAAUAGUUUGAAACAGAAACUGGAGGCAAAGGAAAGGUCUGCAGCUGAAGAGUGGAAGAAAGCCAAUCAGAUUCUCGCAGACAGAUGUGGCCAGUUAGACAGUGCGCUGAAUGAGGCGACUAGUCACGUGAGAACACUUGAAAAGAAGAAGAACCUACUGGAAAUAGAAGUGAAUGAUUUAAAGGAACGCUUCACUGCAGCCAGCAAUACUUCUAAGAUUUUGCAGGAACGGAUUGAAGAAAUGAGAGCAAGUAAUAAAGAAAAAGACAGUACCAUCAUCCGGCUAAAAUCUAGGCUGCAGGAGUUAGAGGAAGCCUUUGAGAAUGCUUACAAACUCUCCGAUGAUACAGAAGCCAGACUAAAGCAAGAGAGCAAAAUGUUUCAAGAUCUUUUAGGAGAGUAUGAAGCCCUUGGGAAAGAGCAUGGAAGAGUAAAGGAUACGUUAAAUACAACUGAGAACAAAUUGCUUGAUGCGCAUACUCAGAUUUCUGAUUUGAAAAGAACAAUUUCAAAACUUGAAGCUCAGGUCAAGCAAGUGGAGCAUGAGAAUAUGUUAAGUCUUCGUCACAAUUCUCAAAUUCAUGUGAGACCCUCACGUUCCAAAAUGUUCGCCCCUUCUGAUGUCAGCAGGCGUAAGUGGCUGCUGCCGGGUUCCGAGUACUCCAUCUUCACUGGCCAGCCUUUGGACGUUCCUGAGAGCCCAGCGGGCAGCCUGCGAGAGGAAGCCCACGCUCCCGGGUACCAUUCUCCUCCGGAAAAGGACACCCCUCCCGUAGACUCUCUGGCGGGCUUAGUGAGUACCAAAGAGAGAGGAACUUCAGACACCGCCAUCAGGAAAUCUUUCAAAGAACUCGAUGAGGAAAGAAUGUUUAAAAAUUGGGGCACGCAGACAGAGAAAGAGGACGCCUCAGCUAUGAAUUCCCGGCAAACAGGAACUUCAGUUGGUGCCAGUCAAUCACUGGAGAAAUGUGCCCAACAAAGACAAAAGCGAUUAAGUCCUGCCUCUCAGAGGUCAUCAUCUUUACCACCUUCAAACCGGAAAUCAAACACUCCAACAAAAAGAGAGAUUAUGUUAACACCGGUGACUGUGGCUUAUAGUCCAAAGCGAUCGCCUAAAGAAAAUUUGUCCCCGGGAUUUAGUCAUCUACUUAACAAAAAUGAAAAUAGUCCUGUUCGAUUUGAUAUGCUUUUGGAUGAUUUAGAUACUGUUCCUGUGUCUACAUCACCACGUACCAAUCCAAGAAAACAACUCCAGUUUCUUCCUCUGCAUGACUCGGAAGAAAAAUACUCAGAAAAAGCCUCUGACAACCAUGUUAAUCAUAGCUCUUGCCCCGAACCAUUGCCAAAUGGAGUAAAGAACAUAUCUGUGAGAUCAGCCUGGGAGAAGAAUAAGUCGGUUAGCUAUGAACAGUGUAAGCCUAUUUCAGAAAUGCCACAUGGUAAUGAUUUUGAAUACACAGCCAAAAUUAGGACCCUGGCUGAAACGGAGCGAUUUUUUGACGAGCUUACAAAAGAAAAAGACCAGAUUGAGGCAGCGCUAAGCCGGAUGCCUUCUACUGGAGGACGGAUCUCUUUGCAGACAAGAUUAAACCAGGAAGCCUUGGAAGAUCGUUUGGAAAGGAUUAAUCGAGAACUGGGUUCAGUUCGCAUGACACUAAAGAAGUUUCAUGUUCUGCGCACCUCUGCGAAUCUUUGA